AUGGGUGACUGCAAUAAGUUUUACAAAACCUACUCCAAAAACAAUCUCACUGGUGGCAUCCUCGUACUUUGGUGCACACAUUCUGUCUGUCUCGGCUUUCACUCUAUCCCAGUUGCAGAAGGCCGAAAUGAUGUCUUUUCUGCAAUCUAUACCCAAUUUCCAGUUGCACCAAAAGUCAUUAUUUAUGACUUUGCUUGUCAACUCGCACCGUACAGCUUCGUCCGUGAAGCCCGCUAUUUCCAGCACACAUGGUUCCUUGUUGAUGAAAUGCAUGCUCAUGAUCACACUCGCUGUGGCAAAGCUUGCUUUGCAAGCAAUGCUAUGCGAUUUGAUGAUUGUGUUCGUGCUGUAAACGCCAGUGCAGCUGAAUGCGGGAACAAAGGUAUCAAGAGAAUACGCAAAUACACCAAAGUUUUUCUCAAUAUCUGGAAUCGGAACACCAUCAAUAGGAUACAUAUCAUGCAUGCCAAGUAG